AUGGACGAUCCUUGGGGCUCACCGUGGGCCGACGAAUUGAAUAAUGAUGAUGGUUUGGGUAUUCGGAGCAUUGAUGAGGCAGCAGUUGGAAAUCGGGUUGCGAAGGCAAGUGAAGCUUUAAGGAAGAACAUUAAUACGACAUGGGGAACUUCAGACGGCGGGUUCGGUGAUUGGGAAGAUGAUAGGGGGAGAAGGAAAGGGGGUUUGGGCUUGGAUGGCGCGGAAGAACAAUGGAUUACACCGAAACGUGGAAUGGGGUUGGAGGUAGUGAAGGAUGAUUCUGGAGCAUUAUCACCGGGUUGGGAUAAUUUUUCUACGAGUCCUGCGCCUGAAGUACCGAAACUAUCGCACAGUCUCAUUGCGAAGUCUGCAGCAAUUGCCCGAGAACCCUCUCCGGAUCCCUGGGCGAACGCCGCCUCUCCUGAUGCAUCUGCGAUUGUGGAAGACAAGUUUAGCUCAGAAGCCACGACGUCGAACCCGGAAACCAUCGAAGAAGCCAUCGUAGAAGCCGUCGAAGAAGCCAUCGUAGAAGCCGUCGAAGAAGCCAUCGUAGAAGCCGUCGAAGAAGCCAUCGUAGAAGCCGUCGAAGAGGCCGUUGAAGAACCUACAAAAGAAGACCCCGUAGGGUCUCUCGAGGCAUUCGAGGCGACUGUGCCGCAAUCAGAGUCUGGCGGUGAAACAAAAGUCGAGCCAGCGGAACCUGCUUUGGAAGAAACAGUUCCAGAGGUAGCGGCUGGAUUAGAUGAGGCUAGCGAGAAAGAAGUUGGGUUAGACAUUGAAGGAACAUCCGAAAGUGAUCUAUGCGCCGAGGACGCCGAGGAUACCGAUAAAGAAGAACAACAUAAAUCAGACGAUACUGUUCUGCCAUCGACACAAGAGCCGGAGCAUGAAUCGUCGCGCCCAUCUUCUUCACCGUCUGAUACAGAUAAUCACGAUGAAUUACUGCCAGACUCAGCGCGAACUUCCCUAGACGAAGAACCAAAAAGGUCUCGAACCACCAGAGCUGUCUCGCCGAGCGCACAGGAGCUAGUCGAAGACUUAGAUGGUUUGGCGGAGUCAGAGGAUAAGGUCACAGUGGAGGAUGUCAAGCUACAGGAUGAAGCUUCGACGGAACCGGAUGAUGAAGACGUCGUGGUAACAAAUCCCGAAAAUUCGGAAGAUUACAAGCUACAGGAGGAUUCCAAUGCUGAGGAGCCAGAUGACGACGAGUUUGGAGAUUUUGGAGAUUUUGAAGAGGGUUUGUCGGACGAUGGCGAAGAACCGGCAGGAAAUCAUGAUUCAACGAAGGCCACUAUUUCUUCCGAAUUGGCUACACCGCAUAAUGAAACUUCCGAAAUACGAUCACAGAAAAGACCGUCAGGACCAGUGGAUUUUUCUAUCAAUUUGAGCUCUGUGAAAACUUUGUUUGGAGAGACCGAGGAGAAGAAUGAUGAAGCCGUUGAGAAGAUUUUUAUACCCGAUACUAUCAUUGCUGACACGUUUGCUUCCGCUGAUGAACGAAAGAUGUGGUACAGAAUAUCAAGGUACGGCACUAUGCGGAAAUACAACACUGGAGAUAAUGAAAACUAUGUUCGGAUCUCAUGGGCACAAUCACAAGUCAAGCAAGAUACUCAAAAAAUAGUGGCAAGGUGGAUGGAGGAAGAUCGAAAUAGUGGACAUGUUACUCUUGGCGGGACAGGCAAAGGCGGUUCUCUUUUUGGUUGGAAUGAUCCGAAUGCACCACCUGUUCCAUUAGCGACAGUACUUGGCUCGAAACGAAAGAGCGUGAAGCUUGGAGCGAAAAAUGAAGCUAAGGAAUUAGUUGAAGUGCCUAAAAGGCUUGCUCGAGACCGAUCGAGAUCUAAGUCUCGUUCAUCAUCGAAACCAAGAGAGCACAGCUCCACAAAGUCAGUGGAGUCAGGUAUUGACGUUAAAGCACCACCACAGUCUCCUGCCGUACAAUUUGGAUGGAAUUCGUCGCCAAAAACACAAACAGCUUCCACUUCUAAUAGCUUUCCCUCAACUACAGAUACUUUUACGAAGCCUCUCCCUCUUCGGAUGAAUUCCGCUUCUGGAGAUUCACUGCAGUCAGGUUUCGCAUUACGAAGCCCAGCACCAAUGUCUCCAAUUGAACCGCCUCCAAGUUUCCUCCAAGCGGUUAAGAAACCUAGACCAAUUUCAAUGCCACCGCCAUUUAAGAGUAGUUCAGGCAACGUAUCACUAACAGCGGUGUCCAAUUCCUCGGAUGACGAUGACGAUGACGAUGAAUGGGGCGAAAUGGUUUCCUCGCCUGUUGUCACCGAGACUCCCAAGUUUCCAACCCGCGGGUUAAGACAUAAGAAGUCGCUGAGCCUCGGAAGUUCGUUUCCCAACUCCAUUACUCUUCCAAAUCCUCAGGUUACAAAGCUCCAGUCUGAAUUUGGUCGUAAGUCGACAGCAAGCCUUGGUGAUACUCUUGGAAACCCUAAAAGUCCUAUAGUAUCGCAGCCUCCACUAGUAUCUGGUACUAGCAUUUCAUCCCCUGUAUCCUCAAACUCAUUUGUAGAUCUGUGGUCCACACCAGCAAGUACUCCAGUGCCAAUACGGUCACCUGCAAUUCCUCCUCCGUCACCGGCAUUAUCAGCCUCAGCAAUCUCUAAUCCUUCACCCCAGCCUAUCUCCUCCUUAUCAUCAAACACAAACUCCACAGAUACCUGGUCUUUACCUCCUAAUAUCUCAUCUGCCUCAGGCUCACCAACCACAAGUACCUGGUCCCAACCACCUCUUUCAUCAAUACCACCUGCCACAAAAAGCAUUCAAGAUGCAUGGGCAUCAGUCGAUUUCUCGUUCUUCGACACACCGACAUCUGCACCCGCCACUACCUCGACAUUCUUAUCCAAACCGACCACAAACCAGAGACCACGAUCUUACGUAGCACCCCCGAUGCCUAAAACCGUUGCUUUUUCUACUCCAUCACUUACAUCUAGACGCUCACUUCCACCUCCUGUCCAUACAGGUUAUAGUUCGAAAACCAAAUUUGAAAUGGAGCAAGAUGCGAUUGUGAAGAAGAUUGUGGGUGGGUUACCUGAUUUGGGAUAUAUGCUUAGACGGUGA